UUUCAAGUAAUACAGUUAAUUUACGAGCGACAAGUUCGUAAAUGGUUUUGUUUGCCAAUUCUCUCUUUGACUUAGGUAAAAAAAAGAGAAUUUUUGGCUAAAAAGAGAGAAAUGCGACAUUAAUUAACAUAUUUGAUAAGUCGCUUAAGGUGUGGGAGGAAACCGAAAGAGAUCGAGCGAGAGAGAAAGAGGCGCGCUAGUGUCAUAAAGUCGCUAUACUGAUAACUGAAACCCAUUGAAAAGCGAAAGAAAAUAUUGCCAAAAUUGAUAAGCCCUAUCGUAGUAUAAUAAAGUUAUUCAUACUCAUAUGCACAAAGCAAGUGUUUCCGAUUUCUGACCAUUAGUCGAGUUUCAGCUCUCUAGAGUGAGGUAUAUCCUACGUUAAUUCCUCAAAAGUCGAUCAUUAUUUUUAAAUAUAAUCUACGAGUAAUAAAAAAUCAAAGAAAUUUGGUGUAAAAAAAGCUGACUAAUGACCAUAAGGCCGUAAAUUAACAAGAGUGCAAAGGGAAUUAAUACUAACUACUAAAGAAAGAAGAAAAACAUAAAUGAAAAGAAACAUAUUGUUGAUAAGGUCGAAAAUUCGAACCAAUUCGCUUAAUUCAACUUCUAUUUCGCAAGCGAUAAUAAUUUAAAAAGAACAAUAAAAUGUAUAUGCUUUUUAAAAUAACUAUAAUUAUAUUGAUUUUACAUGAAUCACCUUCGAUAAAUUUGAGCGCACCGAGAGGUAUAAUUAUUGUUAACGGUGAAACUAAGAACUUACCAGAAAAUAACUUGGAUGCAGCUCCUGAUGAAUCCAUAGAAUCUCUAGAAGUUAUUGAGAGACGUCGCAAACAAGGUUCCCAUUUGCGAGAAAGCUUAACUGCGGCCUUUUCGAGUAUUUCGCAGGACAAUGGUGAUGAAAAGGAUAGCACUGAUACCUUAGGGGACACAGAUCUUAAAUCGCUAUUCGUUAAAUACGAUACUGACGAUGGAAAUACAUGUCUUUUGGAUACUAUAAAACAGGAUAUCUUAUGGUGGACAUUUCCCAAUGGAACACUUAAAGCUGCAAGUGCCAGAUACUCGGCAAAUAGAUAUUUGGAUCUUUCGUAUGGAAAUAUAUCUGACGAUCUGGAUUUGCUGCACAAAACGAAGACGGCUGGCAGAUAUAUCUUCCAAAGAGUACAAGCCUUCUCGGCUGCCUACAAUAGGCUAAACUCAGCACCUUACUUGACUCUAAGCUCAAUGAAGGGAUCACUCAAGUUUUUAUCAUUGCAAGGAAAUCAGUUUGCGGCUAUUUCAGCAGAUGCCGAGGCUAUUGAGCGGUUCUUCCAAGACACUAAACCGACCAAUGUUACACAAAAUAAUUGCGAUGAAUUACUCGCAAAUAAUACAAAAAACAUUGAUCUAUAUGAUCGGGAUUGUUUUUUAAACCAAGAAAACACGCAAAAACAAACAAACACAUCAAACACACACGAUUUCAUCUAUGAGGAUUAUAUACGAAAACUUCAGAUAAUGCACAAGAUAUUUGGUACAUCAAAGGAGAGCAUUGCUUGGGCUAGCUUUCCCAAAUUGCCGUAUCUCUUGGAGCUUGAUAUCAGUAACUGCAGCAUCGAGUAUGUGAACAGACGGGCAUUUCGAAAUGUGACAAACCUUCGGAAACUUUUUAUAUCGAACAACAAGAUAAUGACCUUAGAGGCUGAUACCUUUUACUAUCUUCAGGGAGUGCAAUAUUUGGAUCUAUCGUUUACAAACGUUUUGAAUUAUAACUACCAAUUCUCGAUGCCCACAAUAGAAGUGAUAUUGAAUCUAGUUUACGGUCUAAAGAUCUAUCAAACCGCCUUCAAACUAUUGCCAGAACUUAUAUAUCUAGAUCUAUCGCACUCAAAAAUUACACGCAAUAGUGCGGUUGCGUUCACACAUCUGGGAAAUAAACUAAAGUAUCUCAGUUUAUGUUAUACCUCGUUCCCGAUGAUGAGCAACGGCCUUUUCAAGAACACAGUCCUCGAAGGGCUCGAUUUAUCUGGCAAUUCAUUUGUAUCGUACAACAUUGUAGAUGAUGCCUUCGAUGGGAUUGGAGACACACUGAAGUGUCUUUACUUUGAGCACUCUAAUCUAAGGGAUUUAAGUUGGUCAAAACCCCUGAAAAAUCUUCAAGUGCUUGGCCUGGCUGGUAACAAUAUAAACGCCUUGUCUGGCGAUAUAUUCCACUCGUUGGCCAGCUUGAAGGUACUUGAUCUCAGCUCAAAUCACAUUGGCAAUUGGUAUAAGAGUGUGUUUCGCAACAAUUCGGCAUUGCGGGUUCUCAACUUGCGCAGCAACAACAUCAACAUGCUCACCACAGAGAUGUUAAAGGAUUUCGAAACACUCGAGUAUCUCAGUCUCGGAGAUAACAAUUUCUUGUGCAACUGUAUUCUACGGGAGGUCGUCGAAGUGGCUGCAAAUAAUAAUAAGGAAGCCAAUUGCUCCUACGAGGUUCUACAGCACCUUGCGGCAGAGUUACUCUUCUCAAAUGACAGUAAUUGGACUCAAUUAAGUAAUAUCUUUAGCCAGCACAUUGAGCAAAGUUUUUGGAAGAGUCGCUUUAUUCCAAGGCUCAUUGAAAGCUAUAAAAACAUCAAGGACUUCAAGCACCUGAAUAAGAUAAGAAAACUUCGCUUUCUAACCGAAGACUUCCGGACUACAGUCUGCCCUCCCCCAGCAAAAAAGACAUUGAAUGAUACAACUCUGAAAUUUCAGUUAUUGGAUUAUGAUGCUAAAAAUUAUUGGUGCUUCAAUGAGACGGAACAACUGCAGGUGGAUCAGUUGAACUGUCAGGUUCGCAUUUGGACAGAUGUGGAAUCGCAAAUCCAUAACACCAUUAAGAUAGUAACUGCCGUUGUUGGCAGCAUUCUCGGUGCAUGCAUUUUGGGAUUUAUCAUCUAUCUGAAGCGUUGGCACAUCCAUUAUUAUUAUGCAUCGCUUAAGUCUGCGGCACUUUUAUCGAGAGCUUCAAAGGAGUCUCUCGAUAAGUUCCAUCAUCUUAACGAACAGGAUCACAAUUUAAUCUAUGACAUCUUCAUAAGCUAUUGUCAAAAUGAUAGGAAAUGGGUAUUGGAAGAACUGCUGCCUAAUGUGGAAAAAUCUGGAGAUAUAUCAAUUUGCCUUCACGAACGGGAUUUUCAGAUUGGCGUAACCAUAUUGGAUAAUAUUAUCUCAUGCAUGGAUCGUUCACGCUCUCUAAUGUUAUUAAUAUCAUCAAAGUUUCUGCUCAGCCAUUGGUGUCAAUUUGAAAUGUAUUUGGCCCAACAUCGCAUCUUUGAAGUCAGCAAGGAGCACUUGAUACUUGUUUUCCUGGAGGAUAUUCCACGAAGAAAAAGGCCAAAAACAUUGCAGUAUUUAAUGGAUAUAAAAACCUAUAUUAAGUGGCCAAGUAAAGGUAGUAAACAGCCCACGAUGGAGGAACGCAAAUUGUUCUGGAAGCGCUUAAGGAAGUCUCUGGAGUUUAUUGGCAUUGGUACAAAAGAUUCCAAGGCCUAAAAAUACAGAAGAGGCAUCAAAGUUUAUCCCAAACGUAUUUAACUAUUCUAGUCAGCUUAUUAAGUACCUGAUUUAUAUAAUAUACAUACACAAAUAAAACAAUUUUAAUUUAAUUUA